AUGGUGGUGAAGAGCGGAGGAGGAGGCGGCGCGGAGGAGGGGGCCGCGGGCGCGGCGGUGCGGCGGUGGGUGGAGGCCGGCGGCGGGAGGCUGGUACUGGACGGCGGGCUGGCCACGGAGCUCGAGGCCCACGGCGCCGACCUCAACGACCCACUCUGGAGCGCCAAGUGCAUCCUCUCCUCCCCGCACCUCAUCCGCAAGGUCCACUUAGACUACAUUGAAGCAGGUGCAAACAUUAUAAUUACUGCAUCUUAUCAGGCUACCAUUCAAGGGUUUGAGUCCAAGGGAUUUUCGAAAGAACAAGGUGAAAAUUUACUAACAAAGAGUGUUGAGAUUGCACAUGAAGCACGUGAGAUGUUUCUGAAGCAACAUCCAGAUCAAUCCACUGCCUUGCGUCCUAUUCUGGUUGCUGCUUCCAUAGGAAGUUAUGGGGCUUAUCUUGCUGAUGGCUCUGAGUACAGUGGGGAUUACGGUGAAGCUGGGACACUAGAAUUCCUGAAAGAUUUUCAUCGGCGGAGACUUCAGGUUCUUGCAGAAGCACGUCCUGAUUUGAUUGCUUUUGAAACAAUCCCUAACAAAUUGGAAGCUCAGGCAUAUGUUGAACUUCUUGAGGAAUGCAACAUAAAUAUCCCUUCAUGGUUUUCCUUCAACUCAAAAGAUGGAGUUAAUGUUGUGAGUGGAGACUCAUUAAUCGAAUGUGCUAAAAUUGCUAAUGAAUGUGCAAAGGUUGGUGCAGUUGGCAUAAACUGCACACCUCCAAGAUUUAUUCAUAGCUUGAUACUCUCCAUUCGGAAGGUCACAGACAAGCCAAUUCUGAUAUACCCCAACAGUGGAGAAAGAUACGAUGCUGAGAAAAAGGAGUGGGUGGAAUCCACUGGUGUGUCAGACGGCGAUUUCGUUUCUUAUGUAGGUGAGUGGUGCAAAGAUGGGGCUGCCCUUAUUGGGGGCUGCUGCAGGACAACUCCAAACACCAUCAGGUUCUCAAGUCGGCCUACAUGGAGGUACAACCAGUCAAGGAUUAGCAAGCAGUAA